AUGGCCGAAACGAUUGCUAUGCAUCGGGAGGACGUUCUGCCACCCGGAACCGUGCAUCUCCUCCAUUUACAUGCUCAUCAAGCCGACGAGAAGAUUCUGGUGCCUAAGCCGUCCGACCAUCCAGAUGACCCUCUCAACUGGACUAAGGCACGCAAGAUGCUGAACCUCUCUCUUGUGCUCUUCUAUGUCUUCACCACCGGCGUCGGGGGGACAUCGGUGUACUCGGUCUUCACGCCAAUCUCAGAGGACACGGGGAUCACCAUCGCUCAGCUCAACAACGGGACAGGCUAUUUAUUCCUCCUGGCAGGCUGGACCAAUUUGAUCUGGCAACCGCUCGCGUUGACGUUUGGAAGACGACCUGUGAUCCUGCUCAGCCUGGUCUUCUGCGUGGCCAUCACCGAAUGGACGGCCUGGAUUGACUCGUAUGGGCCCUGGGCCGCUGCUCGCUGUCUCUAUGGCUUUGCCUGUGCCCCGGUCGAAGUGCUGCCGGAGAUUUGCAUCCCGGACAUUUUCUUCGCCCACGAAAGAGGCGGCUAUAUUGGAAUCUAUAUGAUGAUCCUCUGCGGAAGCAACUUCAUUGCUCCGCUGAUCGCCGGGUUCAUGAACGACGCCUAUGGCUGGCAUUGGGUUCAGCAUUGGGCUGCCAUCUUACUCGGCGCCAACUUGGUGCUGUCAUUCUUCUUCCAAGAAGAGACCCUCUUCACUCGCUCCACCGUCGAAGCAGAGAGGGUAGACGAACUGUCUUCGCCGGUAGAAGAGGAGCAGGUGUUUACCGGGAAAGGUCCUGCUCCAGACUCGGCAGCACCAGCCUCGACGCUUCCCGUUAAUUCCACCAUCACCUCCUCUUCCCCCUACAAGCUCAAGACAUUCUGGGAUAAGAUGUCUCUGUGGACAUACAGUGGGAUAUCUACCUCACAAUUCCUCAGCAUGAUGUACCGGCCGAUCCUCAUCUUCUUUCAAUUUCCAAAUGUCAUGUGGGCCGGCUUCAUGUACGGCACAUCAUUGUCAUGGUAUAACGUCUACAAUGCGACCACGUCCGUCAUUCUUUCCUCCGACCCUUACAAUUUCUCUCCUGCCAUGGUCGGGCUGAGCUACGUCGCACCACUGAUCGGGACCCUGAUCGCCGGCGCUCUCACCGGACCAGUAUCAGACUGGUACACGUUGAAGCUGGCCCGACGCGCCGACGGCCUUCGUGAGCCCGAGCAACGACUCUGGGGUCUCGUCCUCUACUGCGUCCUGAUGCCGGUCGGACUGAUUCUCUGGGGCAUCGGCGCCGCACACAAGCUCCAUUGGGCCGUGCUCCUUCUCGGCUCCAUCCUCAAUGGCUAUUGCAACGUGGCCGGUGGCAGCUACGCCAUCGCCUACAACGUGGACUCGUUCAAGGAGAUUGCCGGCGAGUCCAUCGUCUCGGUCAUCUUGUGCCGGAAUAGCAUGUCCUUCGGCUUCAAUUACGCCAUCACCCCGUGGAUCGCUCGCCAGGGCUUGCAGAAUACCUUCAUUGCCGUCUCCAUCUUGUCUUGCGCUUUCGGCUGUACCUUCUUGUUGAUGGUCUGGAGGGGCAAGUACUUCCGCACCAUAUGUGCCGAUCGAUACUGGCGAUAUGUCGCUACCCAGGUGGUGAAGCAUGAGUGA